UCGUAUUUUUCGGAAAUACACUCAACUCGGAAACACUUAUAACUUUCCUAAACGCGAACUAUGUUUCACUAGCGCUAGAACGGGAGCAAAAGUCUUACGGAGAAGGCCAACUGUGUUGUUACGCAUUAGUCAGACUUCCUGACUAUCUUCAGAUAUAUGCGGAAGUUAUUUCAUUAUACUGGUACUAGUUGGUAGGCAAAGAAGCCGUCUUCCUAAUCGAAGCAAGGAAGUAGGCUACUCGUGACGUAAAUUGCAGGCGAGCGAGCUAGGCAAGUUUUUAAAACUACACCGUACAAGCUCAUUCACUUCGGCUAAAUCGUUCAGUGAAGAUCAAAGACUAAGCUACCGCAAAAGAAGCAUUUUGGAGAAAUGGGCAACAGGGAAGACGAGUACGAUUACCUUUUCAAAGUGGUGCUCAUCGGAGACUCCGGGGUGGGGAAGAGUAACCUGCUCUCCCGCUUCACCCGAAACGAGUUCAACCUGGAGAGCAAGAGCACCAUCGGCGUGGAGUUCGCCACCCGCAGCAUCCAGGUGGAGGGCAAGACCGUCAAGGCCCAGAUCUGGGACACGGCGGGACAGGAGCGCUACCGCGCCAUCACCUCUGCCUAUUACAGGGGUGCGGUUGGGGCGCUGCUGGUGUACGACAUCGCCAAGCACCUGACGUACGAGAACGCCGAGCGCUGGCUGAAGGAGCUGCAGGAUCACGCCGACAGCAACAUCGUCAUCAUGCUGGUGGGCAACAAGAGCGACCUGCGCCACCUCCGCGCCGUGCCCACCGACGAGGCCCGCGCCUUCGCCGAGAAGCACGGGCUGUCUUUCCUGGAGACCUCCGCUCUGGACUCCUCCAACGUUGAGCUGGCCUUUCAGACCAUUCUCACAGCGAUAUAUCGCAUCAUGUCCCAGAGGCAGAUGUCAGGCCGCACCGACUCGGACUUCUCGCCCAACUCCAACGUGGUGCCCAUCACCGUCCAGCCCACCCAGCAGUCCCCCAAACAGAGCUCCUGCUGCCAGAGCAACUGAGGCCUUCGGACCGGGGCGGGGCCUGCAGGGGGGUGAGGAGGGAAAAUGGCUGGGUAUGGGGCGAGGCCAGUAGUACAGGGGCUGAAACUGUGUGUGUGUGUGUGUCUGUGUCUGUGUGUGUGUGUGUGUGUGAGUGUGUAAGAGAGCGAGCAUAUGUGUCGUUAGACUCUUGAAAGGUGAGAGAACUGAGAACUCUUGGAUUGAAAGGGAACAAAAAUGGUCGGACACAACUCUGAUUUCACUGUGCAAAAUCCAGCCAGGGCUUUCUGAUUGGUCUGUUUUCUCUAAACACUUUUCUCUUCUCAUUUUGCUCUCUUGUGUUCUGAGGCAAAAAGCCUUUUAUAGCAGGACCAUAAAGUCAUAAAAAUGUUUGGAAUUAUUAUUAUUAGUCUGUUGGUCACACCUUUUAACUAAGCUCCUCCCGUUCAUCUGUCCCUCCUCCCCUGUUGCCGGUCUGUCAAAGUAAACUUCGCCCCGUUUUGACAAUGUUUUUUACAAACUCAAAAUCCCUUCUUUUUUUUUUACAUGGAAAUCUACAAAUCCAGAACCCCACAUUUGUAAUUAAUUGGAAACUAGGUGUGUGUUUUUGCCCAUAGACUUUUUUUUUCUUCUCUUUUUAAAUCCAGACUUUAAUUAUGUGUUGUGUAUCUUACCUAUAGAUUGAAAUAAGAGUAACAAAUCAAGAAAGCAGGCAGUCAGUCAGCCGAUGACUGAAAUUGAAUGCUUAGUGCAAUGUUAGUGGGAAAUUGUUACAGAUUGGAGUGGAGUAUGCAAUAAUGGGUCACUGUUCUCCCCGAAAAUGUACAGUGUCCCCCCACCCCUCCCCCUUGCUCCCUGAUAACACACUCUCAGGUAAACAGAUGGGGGGGGGGGGGGCUCCAUCCCAAACAUUCCCCUUCUUCGUCCAGGUCCCCUGAUCGCAGGUCAGUGCUUCAGAACUGACGCAAAGCAUUCUGGUAAAUUUGGUAGGUUAGCUUUCUGAAGGUAGUUUUUGAGGAGCUUUGUCCAUUCACGAAACCACCCCCCCCCUCGCCACUGACUUACACACACACACACACACACACACACGUACGUGUGUGCAUGGGUUAUCCAUCCCACUGUGUUUUCUUUAAAUCAUUCCUUUAUGUAUUUAAUGUUGUUUGAAUGUAACUGUGUGUUCUGGUUUGUUACCCCUCCACACACACUUGCUUUCCAGAACAUAUUUCAGAUUUCGGACCAGGGUGUUCUUUGCUGUGGGUUGUUUUUGUGCUGCUUUUAUUAUUAUUAUUAUUAUUGUGUGUGUGUGUGUGUGUGUGUGAGAAGCUUAAUGCCUUACUUCAUGUUCAGAAUGGAAGCUCUGCUUUCACAACUCCAGUGUAAUUGGUGAAACGUUGAGGUCAGGACUGAUUUUUCCUAAAUAAUCAGGAAAUAUUGUUCCUUUCGCACUCUAAAGGUGUCAGUCGGAGGGGAGACAGACUUGGGAAUGCCGUAAGCACACAAGGAGAGCGGGAGGAAACGUUCGGCAACAAAGUCAAAUAUUUGUGGCCGCCAGACACGCCUAGGGAGAGAAAAUAAAUAUUUCCCUUGUUUUAUUUCUUAGUUUUU